UUCAAUUAAAGGAAAAGGAAAGGGAGAGAAUCAAUAGAAGCAAAAUCGCCCAAUUGAUUCCACUGCCGAAUCACAAACUCGGAGAAUUUGCUGCAAAUCCUUCAAAUUCGAAACAGUAAGCAUCGGAGAUGGCGGAUGCGCGGAGCGAAGCGAGCACCAGCGGCGGCGGUGGAAGAGGCGAAAGCGUGGUCGGCGAUGUAGGCCGCCGGAAAAGCACCUGUGGCUACUGCAAAUCUGGCGCCCGCACCAGUGUUUCUCACGGGCUUUGGGCGCAUAGUUUGACGGUUGAUGAUUAUCAAGCUCUCCUUGACAGAGGCUGGAGAAGAUCUGGCUGUUUCCUGUACAAACCGGAUAUGGAGAAAACAUGCUGCCCCUCAUAUACUAUUCGUCUCAAAGCUGCUGACUUUGUUCCUUCAAAGGAACAAGUGCGCGUGUCUAAAAAGAUGCAAAGGUUUUUAAAUCGCACAUUAGAUGUGACCACAACAGGCAAGUCAGCUAAUGAGCUGAAUUCUGCAGCCGCUUCCAGCUCUGGAGAUAACCGCGAAAAAAAAUCUGCUACAGUGGAUUCCUCCAAAGUUGAUGGCAAAGAUAAGGAUAAAACUGGUCAGUCUGCGCAUCUCUUGUCAGACCAGAUUGAUAAAACAGUAGAGCUAUGUGUAGAAUCUGGCGAAUUACCUGCUCACAUACAGCUGCCAAAGGCUUCCGUCAAACAAGUUACACCAGCUAAAAGAAAGUUGCAAGCAGAAAACUCAGAAGAACUGAUGUUCUCCUGCAAUGUUGCCUUCCAGAUUGUAGCUACUAUACGGCGAUUAAAGAAAGAUGCUGAGCAUGUGAAAUCAGUUGAACAUGGACUUGGAGGGAACAAAGACAUCUCUGACCUUUCCACUCAGAAGACUGCUGAAUUCCCCAUGCUUCAGUACUAUUAUCUUGGCUAUUAUAUUCACUCAUGCAGCAAGAUGAGGUACAAAGCUGCGUAUCGACCAUCUGAGCUUCUCUGUCCUCUUCGCUACGAGUGGGUUCCAUAUGAUAUCGCAAAGCCACUUCUUGAUAGAAAAAAGUAUGUGGUCUUAUCAGACCAUGCCAGUCUACAAAACGAAGAUUCAUCGCCGCCGAAGGUGAGUGAUGGGCACAUAGAAGAGCAGCAAAAUGAGCUUGACCAGGAGACCAUGGAUGAUGGUAUGCACGAUGAUGAAAUGACUGAACUCGACUCGGAUUCAUCCGACGUUGAAUCAGACUCGGAAGUUGGUGCCUCAGCCACUGUGGUCCUGGACGAUGCUGACCUUGACAAUGUUUUGAUUGGAAUAAGAGGACUUCGUCUCCGAUACAAGGACCUUAAACACGCGUUUGAUCCAAGUCAGAGGAAGUUCUUGGAGACACAGUUAGAAAGAUAUGCCAAAGCUGUGGGCACUGAGCUAUCGGGCCAGAUGGUUUACACCGCAGGGUAGAUCUCUUCUCUUCGAGGGCGUAUAUUGGUGAUCGAUGGUCUGGAUCUUCGCAAGGUAAUUCAGCUUUCUGAGCUACAAAACUGGGAGUUUUAUCUAUUGUUCCACCAGAUAUGUUUCUCAUUUCAUUUUCCAUCUGUUUCUGCUGUUACUUUCUCUAUUAUCACUUCAUGAAAUUACAAGGUGUUUCUGUAAUUAAUUGCUUUGUAUAUUUCAGACGUUUGAAUGAUUUAUAGACUGGUUUAUUUCAGGUACAGUAUUAUUA